ACAACAGUACUGCUUGUAGUCUCGUGUCGGUUCGAAUUGCACAAACGAACAAUGCGAUAUUUUCUGCUAAAUGGUAGAGUUUACAUAUCAGUCGGUUUACUGCUCUAUUUAAAGUUUGUCAUUUGUUCCGAACAACUAUAUUUCACUGAUACACCACCGAAUGGGUACUUUGAACGCGAAACAUUGGCAGAUUGUCCAAUCCGUUUCUAUUAUGAUCAUUCCAAAUUCAACGCCUUUUAUGCUUUUGGAGGCCAACGAGCUUACCAGGGAGAAUUCCAGCACAUGGUUGCCAUCGGUUGGACUACUGAAGAUAAAAUACAAUAUUUAUGUGGCGGUGCGCUAAUAUCCAAGAGAUUUGUUCUGACAGCAGCUCACUGCGCUGUCAAUGGCUAUGGCAACGCACCAGAUACGGUUCGGAUUGGGGAUACCGAUUUAGGCAGUACGGCCGAUGAUAUGUACGCUCAGCAGAUAUCAAUUCGAGAGUUUCGUUCACACCCAAAAUACAGACCUAGCAAGAAAUACUUUGACAUUGCACUCAUUGAAUUGACCAGAGAUGUAGAGAUGAACGAUGCAGUCUGUCCAGCAUGUCUCUGGCUCGAGAAAGAUGUUCCGGCUGAAUCAAUGAGUGCCAUCGGAUUCGGGGCCACUGGUUUUGCGGAAGACUUAAGCCCAACCUUACAAAAAGUCACACUGUCCGCUAUCAAUGUAACUCAUUGCAAUGAUCGAAUACCAUUUAGUCAUCGGUCUUUACCGAACGGACUGGCAUCGGAGCAGUUCUGUGCAGGAAGCGAUAAAAUGGACACAUGUGAGGGGGAUUCGGGAGGUCCUAUUCAGACUGAGCGGUUGGAUGUAAACGGUGUACUGGUACCUCUUCUGGUCGGAAUUGUUUCAUUUGGAACGCCCUGUAUGGAAGGAUCGACAGGAGUUUAUACGAGAGUAUCGUCGUACUUAAACUGGAUUGAAGAAGAAACGAAACGUCCUAUGAGCUAUUUAGCUUGCACUCGUACAAGCACAUGUUCUAAUCAGAAACAAAGAAAAAUCAACAUUGAUAGCCCUCCAUCGUCACCCUUUCAUCGUUUGGGCCUUCUUUGGAAUCAUACUGAUCAAAAUUCCUUUGAAUGUGGAGCAACGCUCAUCGAUUAUCGAUUUGCUAUAACUUCUGCAUUCUGCGCAAGAGAUAAACGCGGAUCCCCAAAGUACGUCACAGUUGACACUUUUGAUGAAAUUGUUGCGAUCGAAAGCAUCUACAUCCAUCCUGAAUACAGCCCAAAUCUACCACAAAACGAUAUUGCUCUACUCAAAUUAAGUAAGUACAUAAAACAGGGAACAGAUAUGCUACCAGCUUGCCUCUGGCGGGAAGAAGUGAUUCAUGCUCGGUAUGGUAAGAUGUACUAUUCGGCUUAUAGUACAGCAUUGACGGGAUCGGGCAGAUAUCUACCGGACAACAAGGUGCGCUACGUUAUACAGUCCAGCAUAGGUGAUAACGGAAAGUGCUCGAAUACCGAACACCAAGAAAAAAAUCUGUUGUGUGCUAGUAACAAGAUACCACUUAUUCCAACGGUUUGCCAGAUGGAUUAUGGUGGUCCAAUAUCUAAUAUUGCAUUCGUAGACUACUUACCAUUUCUGUUCGGGGUGGUCUCAAAUUUAAGUACAGGAUGCGAGGAUAAUUUAAUCGGAACUCGUAUAAAUCCCCACAUAAGGUGGAUCGAGGACAUUGUGCUGGAACACAACACUGAUCGUUUGAUUUUCACACCAUGAUAUGUGAGAGUGUAAUAUAAAUAGUAGGGAUCAAAAUGAUAUUCUCCUUGGUACUUAAUAAGACACAAUGGAGAUCAAAACUUAUCAAAGUCAAUUCUAAUAUUGUAACAAAUAA